GUCGAAUACUCCCUCUUUGCAUAGGCAUAUUAGGUGAAAAACGCAAUUUUGGAAAUCUAUGGAGCAAUAGAAAAAUUUAGAAUUUCACCCCAAAACAGCUAAGGAAUCAUCUUGUCGUCAAACUGGCAAUCGUUGGCGAUCGGAUUACCUACUCCGGCUAGGCGUUAACGAUGGCCACAGUGUCCGUGGCGGCCGAAUGGCAGCUUCUCUAUAAUCGUUACUACAGGAAACCGGAGAUCUAUCAGAUGCAAUGGAAGAACGUGGACCUAACGCGCAACAAGGUCGCUUGUUCCCCCUUCGGCGGCCCUAUUGCCGUUAUCCGCGACGACGCUAAGAUCGUUCAGCUCUACGCCGAGUCCGCUCUCCGUAAGCUCCGCAUAUUCAAUUCCGCUGGUGUCUUGAUCUCUGAGGCCGUCUGGAAGAACCCUGGCGGCCGUCUCAUCGGCAUGUCCUGGACCGACGACCAGACGCUAAUCUGCAUUACGCAGGAUGGAACCGUGUACCGUUAUGAUAUUCACGCAGAGCCUCUGGAACCACUGUCCCUCGGCAAAGAGUGCUUCACGAACAGUGUGGUGGAUUGUGUCUUCUGGAGUAACGGUGUUGUUUGCAUCAACGAGGCGUUUCAGGUAUUUUGUAUACCUGAUUUCAAGAAUCCGAACCCAAUCCAGCUGGCAGAUGCUGGUUUGGAGGACGUUCCGCUCUCUAUGGCAGUGAUCGAGCCCCAGUAUACCAUGUCUGGAAAUGUGGAAGUGCUGAUGGCCGUAGGGGAUCACGUGUUGUUGGUGGAAGAUGACGGGAUUCAGCAGUUGGGGAUUGGAAUUGGCCCAUUGCAGAAGAUGGUGGUUUCACAAAACGGGAAACUGCUCGCAUCUUUUACACAUGAUGGGAGGCUUCUUGUCAUGUCAACGGACUUCUCGAAUAUCAUUUUUGAUUACACUUGUGAGUCAGCCUUACCUCCUGAGCAGCUGUCUUGGUGUGGAAUGGAUAGUGUUUUGCUUUACUGGGAUGAUAUGCUUUUAAUGGUGGGUCCUCAUGGAGAUCCAGUACGCUACAUCUAUGAUGAACAAAUUCUGCUGAUACCAGAAUGUGACGGGGUUAAAAUACUGUCCAACACAAGUAUGGAGUUUCUUCACAGGGUGCCAGAUUCCACUGUCUCCAUCUUUCAAAUUGGGAGCACACUUCCUGCUGCUUUACUUUAUGAUGCACUGGAUCAUUUUGACAGGAGGAGUGCCAAGGCAGAUGAAAAUUUGAGGUUAAUCCGCCCUUCAUUGCCUGAGGCUGUUGAAGCGUGUAUAGAUGCAGCAGGCCACGAAUUUGAUAUUUUGCAGCAACGAACCUUGUUAAGAGCUGCAAGCUAUGGUCAAGCAUUUUGCAGUUGACUUUGGCAGCCAUUUUCAGCGUGAUCGAAUUCAAGAGAUUUCUAAAACCCUACGAGUUCUAAAUGCUGUACGCCACCCAGAUAUUGGCAUUCCUCUCAGUAUUCAGCAGUAUAAGAUGCUUACACCUUCAGUUCUAAUUGCUCGUCUAAUCAAUGCUCAUCGUCACCUUCUUGCACUACGAAUAUCAGAAUAUCUUGGUAUGAAUCAGGAAAUUAUAAUUAUGCACUGGGCAUGUACAAAGAUAACAACAUCUUCUGCAAUCCCUGAUGAUUAUCUUCUGCAAAUCCUACUUGAUAAGCUUAAGUUAUGCAAAGGCAUAUCUUAUGCCGCAGUUGCUGCCCAUGCAGAUAAGAAUGGUCGACGUAAAUUAGCUGCUCUGCUUGUCGAACAUGAACCUCGCUCAUCUGAACAGGUUCCACUAUUGCUAAGCAUAGGAGAGGAAGAUACUGCUCUCACAAAAGCAACUGAAAGUGGGGACACAGAUCUAGUUUACCUAGUCCUCCUUCACAUUUGGCACAAGAGAUCAGCUUUGGAGUUCUUUGGAACUAUACAGUCCAGAACACUACCUCGUGAUCUAUUUAUCAGUUAUGCGCGGCUUUACAAGCAUGAAUUUUUGAAGGACUUCUUCCUAUCUACCGGACAACUACAGGAUGUAGCAUUUCUUCUAUGGAAAGAAUCAUGGGAAUUGGCAAAGAAUCCAAUGGCAAGCAAAGGAUCUCCACUACAUGGUCCUCGAAUAAAAAUAAUUGAGAAGGCGCAUAGCCUUUUUGCAGAAACAAAAGAACAUGUCUUUGAAUCCAAGGCAGCCGAGGAGCAUGCAAAAUUAUUAAGGAUACAACAUGAGUUGGAGGUCACAACUAAACAGGCCAUCUUUGUGGAUUCAAGUAUUAGUGAUACAAUCCGUACAUGUAUUGUGCUUGGGAAUCAUCGUGCUGCGAUGAAGGUCAAAACAGAAUUCAAGGUAUCAGAAAAGAGGUGGUAUUGGCUAAAAGUUUUUGCUUUUGCAACUGUGAGAGACUGGGAUGCUUUGGAAAAAUUCUCAAAAGAGAAAAGGCCGCCAAUUGGCUACAAACCAUUCGUUGAGGCAUGCAUUGGAGCGGAUGAGAAGGGUGAAGCACUCAAAUACAUACCUAAACUGGCUGAUCCCCGGGAAAGAGCUGAGGCUUACGCUCAAAUUGGAAUGGCGAAAGAGGCUGCAGAUGCUGCAUCUCAGGCUAAAGAUGGUGAACUGCUUGGGCGGCUGAAGAUGACUUUUUCACAAAAUGCUGCUGCUGCUGCAAUUUUUGACACUCUUCGAGAUAGAUUGUCCUUCCAAGGCAUUUCAUAAUCAGUGUGUCUCCUUUCUAAAAGCGUGAGCUGUCAAUGUUUGUGUGUUUCCUGGAAAAUUACUUCUUUUUGGGGGGACAGUAAAUUUGAUCAGUGUCUUUUGGGAUUGAUAGGGUUUCGCUAAUUCUCAGGCUCAACCAUUGAAGUGAUGAAGCCAUUUAUACUUUGCUAGGUUGAGUCUGAGGCAAGCCUCAUCCCAUUAUUGUCCGGGUGUGCGUUUUGCUAUGUCCAUGUGUAUAUAUGCCAGCACGGAAGACACGCCAGCUAGCAAAUGAGUGUAUUUUAUGAUUCAUUCAGCCUUCAUAGUUUUAUGGAGUUGUAGUAAGCAACAAUAAGUAACAACUGAUUCUGAAAUGAAUUUUAAGUUUGUUCUGUGCCAACAGCUGCGGUAAUACAGAGGAUGCAAGCGUUAUCCAG